CCACCGGAAAGUCUGGCUCCUGGUCAGGGUGAACCCGGAGAACAGGGAGACCCCGGAGAACCUGGUGAAAAGGGUGAACCCGGUAAGCCAGGUCCACGCGGCAAAGAUGGAGAACAGGGUCCUCCUGGUCCAACGGGCUCGCUCUUCGUAGUGCCACUGAAUUUGGGCAUCGGCGGUGGAGCCAAUGCGCGUGCUGCUCACUUCAGACAGCUACUUCAACAGCAUCUGGAGUCUCUCAGAGGUGUGCAUGGACCCCGCGGUUUGACGGGUCCCACGGGUCCAGACGGUCCUAUGGGUCCUCCCGGUCCUAAGGGAGAAACUGGUCCCCAGGGUGACACCGGUCUUCAAGGUCGGAGAGGUCCCAUGGGUCCUGUUGGGCUUCCUGGACCUAGAGGCAAGACGGGCCGGGACGGCGACCGCGGCGAUCCCGGUCCUGCAGGUCCCAAAGGACCAGAUGGUUUGCCUGGCGAUUCAGGUCUGAUGGGUCCCAAAGGUCUCAGGGGACCUCGUGGUCCAUUUGGUCCAGUGGGUGAACAAGGCCCUCCGGGUGAGGAGGGGUCUCGUGGUCCCACCGGUGAUGCCGGUGAUCAAGGUGACAUGGGAUCAUAUGGUCCCCGUGGUCCACCUGGCCUGCAGGGUCCUCUUGGUCCCAGAGGAAAGACUGGAAGCCGGGGACCCGUAGGGCUACAGGGCGAGGUAGGUGAGCCUGGUCCUACUGGAAUGCCUGGUCCUAUGGGUCCUCCUGGCCCUGCUGGUCCAGAGGGCCCUGCCGGUCCUCGGGGUAUUGUCGGACCACCUGGUCCUCCUGGAAAACAGGGGCCUCCUGGUGCUACUGGUCCUGAAGGCCGCCCUGGUUAUCCAGGUUCGAAGGGCGAGGUAGGUCUCAAGGGCGACACUGGCCCCGAGGGUCAAAAAGGAGAGCCUGGUUUACCUGGACCAAGAGGAGUGAAGGGUGCGAGGGGAAUUGAGGGCGUCUCGGGUCCUAAAGGUGAUACUGGCAAGCCCGGAGCCGUAGGAGCCCCCGGUGAGCCGGGCCCGAAGGGUCUCAAGGGCACUCGAGGCUCCCCUGGUGUCAUAGGACUUAUGGGUCCUCAGGGUGAAAAGGGAGAGCCGGGAAAAUCCGGUCCAUCCGGCCCUCGUGGUGACCGCGGUGUUCAAGGUCCUUCUGGUCUCACAGGACCUGCUGGUCCUCAGGGUCUUCAAGGUGAACCUGGACCCACCGGUCCAGCUGGACCUCAAGGACGUGAGGGUGACAAGGGUGAAACCGGUCGCGUUGGUCCUCCUGGGGCUGAUGGUGAACAGGGACAGCAUGGAGCUCCCGGACCUCGUGGAAUACAGGGCAAGGUCGGACCCGCUGGAGAGAAAGGUGAUAAGGGCGCCACUGGUCCUCCAGGGCCUCCAGGUCCGACUGGAGAGCUAGGUUUCCAGGGUCAUCCUGGUCCCAGCGGUCUUCCAGGACCUGCUGGACCUAUGGGUCGCCAAGGUCCCCAGGGAUUCCCCGGUCCACGUGGUGAGCCCGGAGAAAUUGGACCACCUGGACCUCGUGGACCUAUUGGAAUGACGGGUCCCGUUGGUCCAGCUGGUGAUCCCGGUCCUGAGGGUUCCCCUGGUCCAAUCGGCCCUCGUGGCCCAACCGGAGAUCCUGGCAAAGAAGGUAAGGACGGACUAAAGGGGGACAAGGGUCCUAAGGGUGAGCGCGGUAACCGUGGCCCCCCUGGCCCACGUGGUCCUCGAGGCUACCUUGGGCUUGACGGAAUGCCUGGUCCUGCUGGUCCAGAGGGCUUCAAGGGUGAAACUGGACCCGAUGGUGAAGUUGGACCUGCAGGUCCUAAAGGCUAUCGCGGUGAUUCUGGAAUUCUAGGACAGGUUGGACCAGCGGGUCCUAUUGGGCCAAGGGGUGCUCAGGGCAUUAUAGGCGAAAAGGGUCCCAAGGGACCUGAUGGCGCGAUGGGUCCUGUUGGCCCGCCCGGAGCUCGCGGCUCCCGCGGGCGUUCGGGUCCUACUGGGCCUAUUGGAGCUCCAGGAUUCGAUGGGGAGAAGGGUGAACGAGGGCAACCUGGACCACAAGGCAAGAAGGGACCACCUGGGCCUCAGGGUCUGCGAGGCAUUGUCGGACCCAUUGGUAGUGCUGGAAUGCCCGGCAUUCAGGCAAGAAGUUUUAUUACUUCCUUUGGGCCUCCCGGAGCACCAGGUCAACCGGGUGAACAAGGCCCCAUGGGUCUAAUAGGCCCAGAUGGGCUUACCGGUCCCUCUGGCCUGCCCGGACCAAUGGGUAUGGAGGGCGCCCCUGGACCAAUGGGGAAACGCGGACCAAAGGGUGACCGAGGUCGUGAGGGUCCUCAGGGUAGUCCUGGGCCUAUGGGUGCCAUGGGUCCUAUGGGCCUCACAGGACCUGCCGGUAACCCCGGCCCAACUGGCCCUGCUGGAGCUGUGGGAGAACCCGGCGAAAAAGGACAACAGGGACCCCGUGGUUCUCCUGGCUAUGAGGGUAGCCCUGGUAAUCAGGGUCCUCAAGGGCGUAAAGGUCCAGAUGGACCUCCUGGUCAAGUUGGUCCUCCUGGUGAUCCUGGUAUGGAAGGUCCAAUUGGACCGCAAGGUCCUAUGGGUCCCAUGGGUCCUCCUGGUCCACAAGGCGCCCGUGGCAUCCCCGGUGGAAGGGGUAGUCCAGGUGAAGUUGGUGAAGAUGGAGCUCCUGGCAAUACAGGUCCUCAAGGAAAGCCGGGACCUCGUGGUCCUCCUGGUCCUCAGGGUCCUCAGGGACCUGCUGGACAGACAGGUCCUCAGGGUUUGCCUGGUCCUCGUGGUAGCAAGGGCCCCAAGGGCGAACCCGGACCUCAAGGUCCAUCUGGUGAAGCUGGAAACCCUGGACCUCCGGGGUUAGGUGGUCCACCUGGAUUGCGAGGUCCUCCAGGACCCCCUGGCCCACAGGUCAGUGUGUUACGGACUUUCAUUGAAGUGGUAAUUAGAUUCCGCCUUUAG